GGUCAAAUGCAUGCCCGCUAGUGGCGUAAGGCGCCCUGCUGAUUCUGCCUUGUUUAACUCGUUGGCGCAUAAUUAAAUCGUGUAGCUGUACCCCAAAUUCUUGCAUUGUCUUCGUGUCCUACCGGUAGCUUUUGUUAGUAUGCUUAAGCCACUCUUCUCUUUUCACAGAAUGAGCGGGUUUUAGCUGCAAUGGCUGAUCCAUUUUCGAUUCUUGCGGGCGCGGCUGGCUUGGCGGAUGUAUCAGUCAGAACGUCAUUGAAGCUACGCAGCCUUAUCUCAGAGUUCAAGAACGCCCCUGAACUGAUACUCGCGCUGUCUAACGAGACCACGGAAAUCAGCGUUGUACUAGAGAGGGUCAAUGAGUCACGACAGGCUGUGGAAAGACUUGGCGACUUGCAACAUGAUACGGGCUUCCUCGAUUGUCUUGGCAGGGAGCUCAAUGAUGCUCGGACAAUCCUCACCGACCUCGAAGCACUUGCUGCUAUGCUAAGUCCAGGGAAGCCAGCGAACAAGAGAUUUCGAUGGCUCCGGCAGAAAAAGCAUGCUGUCAAGUUGAAGGGCAGGCUGAAGGAGGUGCGCGAGAGGAUUAAUGAGUUGCUGGUUGCCCACAUCCCUUCCCUGGAGAGUCGCAUCAAACUCGAGCUUCAUGAUGUCCGGGUAGGCAUACAACAGGUCCAAGCAUCAGCUCAAGUCGCUGUGCAGAACGCCAACAGCAACUCUCAGGCAACCAGUAGCGAGCUCGUUGCUAUCCGCACUAGUAUGGCUCGCCAACAGACCAUGAUAAGCUCUGAGAUACAGAAUUUGCAAGAUACCAUGCAGGCACAGGCAGCCGAGACUACCAGGCACAAGCAGGAUGUCAACAGCCAGCUGUCCAACAUCCAUAACAUCAUGCAUCCUGUUUCCCAGGCAGUCAGCCGGAUUGAAUCGGAGCAGACACGGCAAUUCGAGGCUACGCAGGUUGUCCAGAUGGCUAUCUUGGCUGAACUCGCCUCUCUAAGCAACACCUCGGUGGCAAAUAGACGGGCUGGGCCCAGGAUCCAACCUGAUUUAUCCCACAGCAAUUCUGAUCCCAUGAUCUCCUUCUCUAUGCGACUCCCGGGAUCCCGUUGUAGGAAUGGCUGUCGAUGCAGAUGCCAUCUGCCUGCGCGGCCGGCCAUGUCAUUACGGCUCCCGCCAAUGCUGCGAGCGGCAGUUGGGUAUUUAUUUCUCGGCUAUACAGGCUACCCUUCAGCUUCUGCCCGUUGCAACAUUGAUUCCUGUUCAAGAGGAAAGUACAUGCGAUUGCAGGUCACCUACAGUUUCCCCUUGUGGUGGUGUCUGCACUACGUAAUGCAUGCCUUUGUGGAAGCCUCUACGUCGAGAAUGUUCUCGUUCACACUUGUAGUGAGACGAAGAAUGCCGUUCAAGCCCGGAAACAUCCUCUAUGAGUCUCAAUUGGGAAGCAUAAAGACUCUGGAACGCGUGCUUGCAGACGAGAAAGGGUGUAUCCAAGACGUCUACGACCGUGAUGGCUGCUCUGCACUUAAAUUUGCAAUGAAUAGUAGAAAUCCGGAAAAGAUGGAAAUUAUAAAACUUCUCCUUCAGAAUGGAGCUGAUCCGGACCGAGAAGAUGAUUAUGGAGUGUCUCCUCGGCUGUUUAUUUCUCGAACAAUAGUCUCAAAAAGACAUUUGCCGGGCUAUAAUCGUGCAGUGGAGGAUUUAUUCCCCCUUUCCUCGUGCAUCGAAGCACUCGAAUUAUCAUACGUGCACAAAAUCGUCCUCGGUCUACUUCCGAUUAGACUGGCAAAUGCACUACAAAGGCCCGUCAUCGACCUGUUGAAUUUGAAGGACCGAUUCGGACUCACUCCCCUGAUGUACGCCGCUCUUCGCGGUGACGUGGCGGCCGUCAGUGCUCUGGUAGAUGCCGGCGCCGAAGUCAACGAGAGCGAUGUCAAAGGGUAUACCGCGCUGCAUCGCGCCAUAGUUUCCGAAGCAGAAGGAAACAUAGACUGUGUCGACUCGCUUCUGCAAGCUGGAGCUGAUAUUAAUGCCCUUGCGACGGACUUUGGGUGGUCGUGCCUACAUCUGGCCGCGGAGAAGGAUCAGGUAGCUAUCGGCCGCAGGCUGAUUGACGCCAGCGCGAAUAUCGAAGCACCAAAUAACUCCACCGGCGCUACGCCGUUGUGGCGUGCAGCAUUUAACGGUUGUGUGGGCAUGGUACGCUGUCUGUACGAUGCUGGGGCCAACCUAGAGUCGCCAAACAUUGAUGGGCAAACGCCGCUCUUCGGCGCCACCCAGGCCAGCUCGAAAGAGGCUCUAGUCCUGUUGCUUCGCCUUGGUGCUAACGCCGCACAUGUAGACAGGAAAAUGCGAACACUGCUGCAUUAUACAGCACGCUCCGCGCGCUUGGAAAUGAUACCAAGUCUCACUGAUGUCGGUGUCAGGAGUCAAGAUGCGACAGCACGAGAUGUAGAUGGCUUGACGGCUCAACAACUGCUAGAUAAGCGUCAGCCCGGACUGGAGACGAGAGCCGCCUUUGCGCGCCUUGUGCAGGUGUGGUGCAGUCCUGAUGACGGAGCGGACGAUGACUCAAGUACUGAGGAGGAUUGCUUCUACGACGCCAUCGAGUAUUUAGGGGGCAAUGAGAGUACUUGAUGAGAAAUGAUGAGUCUUCAUACUCAUAGGAAGACAUCCACAAGAUGUCAUUGCCUCAUUUAGGCCGCGGAAGAAUGCAUAUUUUUUAAUUCCGGCUUGGAUAUUGACAAGAUGGCUGCUGAGUUUGUCCUGCUGAAUCAUGAAAGAGUGUUUUGAACGGAUCUUGGAAUCUUUUAGUUCAAAGCAACAAGGAAUGUUUUCUUCUCAUCUGAUUUAUUUUCAUCGCGUUCAAAUUCCAAACUUUAAUAAGCCUCGGAACAGAGAAAGUUGUGAACUCCUGCUGAAUGACUACCCUCCCCAUUCAAUCGUCAUUGUCUAUAUGGCUGGUACAUUCCCCGGCGCUGACUCGGUAGACGAUCUCUGGGUGUUUCUUCUUGUUCUCUAGGCCUGACCAUCCCGUGAAACGUGCAAUGUAGAAAUAUAGCAGUCGUCAGUCAAGAAA